CAUUGUUCCCAGACUGAGGCCAUACAUGUCAGCCAUCGGUGUCAGUGGUAUCUGUCAAAGGCGAUAUUUUAUAACAAUUUUGGUAACUUCCUGCAGGAUCCCCGAGCGGAAUUUACGAGAAUCCUGAAAAAUGGCGGACCCAAAGUACUCCGAGUUAGCCGGGAACACGUAUGAUCAGCAAGAAGACGCCAAACUGGUCUACGAGACGAGUGACCUACCGGAAUCGGAGCAAAUGCCGAUGUACUGUGAGGAUGAACCCGACAGCUCUUGCGUGGAACAGUUACAUAUCAGUGCUAAAGAAGCGUUCAACAAGUUUAAAGGCAAACAAAUCAUCGGAAAACAUGUUGAUUUUUCGGAUCGUUUAUCGUACAAGCCUAGAACGGGAUACAAAUUUGGAGAUUGGGACUGGGAACUGGUCAGUCAGGGUGAAAAGGAAUCGCCUCUGCAGAAGUACCAACGAUUGCAAUGCGAAAUCAAGGAAUUGUACGAAGAAGUGAACGAGUUAAAGGAAAAAUCUAAAGACGAGCAAGAAAUCAAGUCCGCUAGCGAGAUCAUCUCUCAGACGCAGCAGAUAGAAAAGCAGUUAGUUUCCUUGAAACUAGAAGAAUGUUUAGGACCUGACGUUGUGGCGAGUUUAUCAGAUCCACAAGGCACUACACUUAAGCAGCUGAUAUCACAGAUAGAGUUGUUUAAGCAAACCAGCGUGCCUACGGCUAAGCCAUCAUCGGAGGACGUGAAAACGGACGAGUCGGGUGAACGCGGUAUUCUGAAAUAUCAGAUGAUGUAUCUUCCUGAGAAGGCAAGGAUGCAGGAAGUCGCUAGGGUUGCACAACUCGAGCAGAGACUCUGCUGCCUAGAAAAUCUCAUAGGUACGAGUAACGACAAACUCUCGAAAUUUUCCCAGUAUCUGAAGGCCCAAGGCAUAAUGGACUCCGUACAGCAGCUGGAAGCAAAGGCUGCGUUGUUGGACGUUAGUCAAUUGGAUACCAUUGAAACUAGAUUAGGUACGUUGAUUUACCGGAUGGAUAGCAUCGCGCAAAAAAAAGCGGCAGCGGCACAAGAUUCAGAACAAGAACAGAAGAUUUCGGAGAUGUAUGAAAUAAUGAAGAAGACGGAUGCUAUAUCGCAAAUCUUACCGCAAACUGUGAACAGGUUGCUGGCACUCAGCGAGAUUCAUCAACAAGCUGCAACUUUCAGCAAAGCUUUGAUGAGACUGGAAGAACUGCAAGCGGAAAUCACGUCGGGAUUGGACAGUAAUAAGUCUCUGUUGAAGGGAGUGCAGGAGAGCUUUGCCUCGAAUAUGGAAAUCAUAAAGAGCAACAUAGCACUGCUGGACGAGCGGGUCAAAAAACUUAAGAAGUGAUUAAACGGAUAUUAAAUCUAGUUACGAAUGUAUUGCUAGGUCGAUUCGAUUUUCUCCGAUCGCUUUUAUUCCGGAGCAUUCACACACUCCUGCGAAGUUAAGUUAUUGUUUAUUAUUUAACAUAAUUUGUAAAUUUCGUUUGAAUCAUACGCAAUUGCUUUACUCAUUGUUAACUUUUAAGUACUUCGAGUAACACGAUUAUUCCAUUUUUCGCAGUGGUGUAGUAUGUAAAAUAAUACGAGCCUAUCUAAAAAAGUUGUUUUGGUAUAACGCACGAAUGAGAAGUAUAUCUUCAUAUAUAUGGCAUACUAAACUAAAAUAAACUGGAAUUCCAGUAGAAAACAUUGCAAGUUUUAUUGAACGCUGCACAUGAACGAUGGACGAAAUU